AUGGAGGACUUCAUCGUGAUCUCGGACGACAGCGGCUCCGAGAGCUCCGAGGGGACCCGCUCGGGCCGAGCGCGGAGGCUCCGCCGGGCCCUGUCGCGGACCCCCAGCGCGCUGCCCCGCCGGACCGUGGACUUCAUUGACUUAACCAGAGAAACCAGACCAAGGCCAAAGGAUCGCAAUGGAAUCUGUGUGAUUGACCUGACAAGAACUGAAGAAGAAAACAGACCUAUUGCCACUCUUGACUUGACUCUCGAACCUGUUGCUCCUUCCCAGAAGGAGUCAACAAAUCUUCAAACAUGUGCCAGCCUCUCCAGCAAAGAGGUGAUGGAAAGGCGGGUGGACAGAAGCUCUUGGCCUGCAGCACGGAGAAUCAUUAACAGUGAUCCUGUGGAUUUGGACCUCUUGGAGGAAACCGUAUUUGAAGGCCCCCAACCCCCUACGUCCAUCAGUGGGGACUCGGUUAAUACAACAGAGCCGAACUGUAGCUCAACCACAUUCAAAGAUGACUUCAGCUUCUCGUCCAGCCUAGAGCUAUCUUCAGAUGUUCACUCCCUCUCCCCAAUAAGCAAUAAUGGUAACAGCAGCAAUCAGAGGGCGCCCUUGCCAUGCCCACAGCAAGAUGCACCUUGCCCAUCUCAAGCCUUGCCAUGCCCACUGCGAACCUUGCCAAGUCCACUACGAGCCUCACCAUGUCCACCACGAGCCUCCUCAUGCCCACCACGAGCCUUGUCGUGCCCAUCACAAACCAUGCAGUGCCAACUACAAGCUUUGCCUAACCUGCCUCAAGAAGUGCCAUGCCCUCAGAAUAUGCCAUGCCCUCAGCAAAAUAUACCAAGCCCACCUCAGGAUUCAUCAUGGCAUCCUCAACAUUUACCAUGCCCACCUCAGGACUCAUCAUGGCAUCCUCAACACUUACGAUGCCCACCUCAGGACUCAUCAUGGCAUCCUCAACACUCACCAAACCCACCUCAAGACUCAUCAUGGCAUCUUCAACACUUACUAUGUCCACCUCAAGACUCAUCAUGGCAUCCUCAACAGUCACCAAGCACAUCUCAAGACUCACUCUACCCACCUCAAGACGGUCUGGGCCGACCUCAAGGUGUACCAGGCCCACCUCAAAACAUAUCCUAUCCACAAGAUGUGGCAUACCCGCCAGACAUGCUACAGUCACUGGGAGACAUGCCACAGUCACCAGAUGUGCCACAGUCCUCAGCAGACAUGUCACAGUCAUUGCGAGAUGGACCACAGUCAUCAAGAGACGAACCUCAGUCACUAAGAAGUGUACCGCAGUCACUAAGAGGUGCACCACAGUCACCAAGAGACAUGCUGCAGUCACCAAGUGGUGCACCGCAGUCACCUGGAGACAUACCACACUUGCCGGGAGACAGGCCUGACUCUCCCCCACAUGAUGUACAGAACUGUGACACUCCUAUGGAUGUCUCAGCUCCAUCCUCUCCAAACUGCUCUCUCAGCCCGCAGUCUCCACAGUCUACAACUUCCUUAGAGAAAGUCCCCUGGCUCUCUGUCACAGAAACUCCAGCCAGAAAGGAGAUAUCAGUGUCAGAGCCUGCCAACCCUGGGCCUGCCCAGGUACAAGCGCGAACACCCCCAGGUGUGUUGAACAACAGACCAUGCCUGCAUAGGCUGAAGUAUUUCUUACGACCUCCGGUGCAUCACCUCUUCUUCCAGACACUAAUACCUGAUAAAGACAUAAGAGAGAGCAAGGGUCAAAAAUUAGAACCCAUCCCUCACAGAAGACUAAGAAUGGUAACAAACACCAUUGAAGAAAAUUUUCCCCUGGGGACUGUGCAGUUUUUGAUGGACUUUGUGUCACCCCAGCAUUACCCACCCAGAGAAAUCGUGGCUCACAUCAUCCAGAAAAUCCUGCUCAGUGGCUCUGAGACCGUGGAUGUCCUAAAGGAGGCCUACAUGCUUCUCAUGAAAAUUCAACAGCUACAUCCAGCUAAUGCCAAGACAGUGGAGUGGGACUGGAAGCUGCUCACUUAUGUCAUGGAGGAAGAGGGACAAAAUCUGCCUGGGCGAGUCCUUUUCCUGCGUUACGUGGUACAGACCCUGGAAGAUGACUUCCAGCAGGUCCUGAGGAAGCAACGACAGCAUCUGCAGCAAUCCAUUGCAAACACUGUGCUGUCCUGUGACAAGCAGCCCCACAAUGUCAGAGAUGUGAUCAAGUGGUUGUUCAAAGCGGUGACUGAAGGCAGAUUAACUCAGCCCCCAAACGGGAGUCAUGCCUCUUCGGGCCCAGGCAUCUUGAAGGCCAGCAGUAGCCACGCUUCUCCCCAGCCUGCUCUGACGAGGAACACCACUCAGGUGGUCGUGUGCCAGCUGCAGAGGAUGCUGUCCAUCGCUGUGGAGGUGGACAGGACCCCCACCUGCAGCUCCAAUAAAAUUGCCGAGAUGAUGUUUGGGUUUGUGCUGGACAUUCCAGAGAGGAGUCAGAGAGAGAUGUUCUUUACCACCAUGGAGAGCCACCUUCUGCGCUGCAAAGUGUUGGAGAUCAUAUUCCUGCACAGCUGCGAGACGCCCACCCGCCUACCGCUGUCUCUGGCCCAGGCCCUCUACUUCUUGAACCAUUCCACAUCGCUGCUCAAGUGUCAGUCAGACAAAACCCAGUGGCAGACAUGGGACGAGCUGGUCGAGCACCUGCAGUUUCUGUUAUCCAGCUACCAACAUGUGUUAAGAGAGCAUUUACGGAGUUCGGUGAUCGAUCGAAAAGACUUAAUAAUCAAAAGAAUUAAGCCCAAGCCCCAGCAAGGCGAUGACAUCACAGUGGUAGACGUGGAGAAGCAGAUCGAGGCCUUCCGCGGCCGCCUGGUCCAGAUGCUGGGGGAGCCGCUGGUCCCCCAGCUCCAAGACAAAGUGCACUUGUUGAAGCUCCUGCUCUUCUAUGCUGCAGACUUGAACCCUGAUGCAGAGCCCUCUCCCAAGCACUGGAGCAGCCCCUGAGGUCCUGCCACACACUGAGCACCUAGAAUACCUCCUGAACUCCAUGCUACUUGGAAGUUCUAAAAGUAUAAAAAGUAGUUAAGUCUUAUAGGACCAAACCUAUCUUAUUUAUCUGUAGGUUAAAAUAACUUUCUAACAACUCUUUAGUAAAUACUUUUUUUUAUAUUACUAUCCUAGUCUAUUCUCAAAUAUGGCUUAAAUAUAUAAGGUGUAUAUAUUUUUUGAUAAAUUAUUUAUCUAUACUUUUUGAAACAAGUAAUACUAUAUGCACUUAUAUGUUUAACAUUUCCAUUCAAGAUGUGAAAAAAAUCCCUCUGAACAAAUCAUAGACAUCAAAUGUUACUCAAGGUAUUGACAACUUGUUUGAAAGAGAAAGACGUAUUCACUUCUCCCUAAUGGAACACAAACAUCAACAUUAGACCUGUUAUAUUUCCUAUGAAUUUGACUUUGUGUUCAGUUUAUUAAGAUCUGAUGUAAUGGGGGGAGGAUGGGAAGUUAGAAACAAGAGGCUGCGUGUGUUACAAAAAAUGUUAAAAUGAUACAAUAAAAAG